AUUUAUCAUGAUACUACUAGACAGGGGAUUAAUAUUAGAAGGUCGAAUGCCCACUACCUUCUCUUCUCUUCUUCUCAUUGGCAUCUCUGAGCCUGUUUCGGCCCCGACAACGCCCCCAUCAUGAUGUACGGGGUGUCAAUGCCCUAUCUCGUCCUCUGCACGGCUAUCUCGAGCGCCAACACGACAUCUUGUCAUUUCAGGAUAAGUUCUUUUUUGCUCUUUUUCGCGCGUCUCCAGAAACGUGCAACUUCGUCAGCUGAGAAAUACCUUAGAUUGCAACACUUUCAAUUGAAAGAAUCGUACACCCUCGUUGCGUUCAAUCGCUGUUACUUGCUUGUAACGUACACAAAACGUAACUCGAAUCCUUUUACAGACAUCUUCCAAAUGUCUUCUGUUCAUCUGUUCAGCCCCUUAUCACUUUGGGCCCAGUUACCCCCACUCCUGCUGUGUCAUACACUACAUCCUUGAAGAUACCAGGGAAUGGCACCCAAAACCUCAUUCCGGC